CUUGUCAAAAAUAUUUAAUUUUAUUAAUAUAUUUCAAUGUAGUACUGUAUAUACAUUUUUUUGUAUCUUAUAAUUCUAUGACAAGUCCCUGUUGAUCAAGCAUUGGAAAAAAAAGGACUAAAGUGGGAAGUGAAGUACCUGGGUAGACCUGGACAAUGGAUGUGGUCAAUUUGAGACAUCCGAGUAGUGCUGACAAUGAUUUGUGUAUUGCAAAGCAACUAGGAUAUACGAGGACAAAAGUGAGUCCAGUCAAAGUGAAAGUAGACAUACCCGGAGGCCUGUCUUAUGAAGCGUUUAGUUCUGUAGAUGGCAGACCGCUGGUGCGUAGUCUUUUCCUGCUGUUUGAAUCAGCAAGGGCCUUCUCAUUUUGGCCAAUCAAGGACUCCAAUGAAACAUUUGUUGACAGCCAUGUGUUGCUGAGGGACAAUCUCUUUUUCAUAGCCUCCACAAGUAUUGAUAUUGAUUCUAGAUUUUAUGAAGAAUCCUGUCCAAAGUAUCCUUUGUCAAUCACGAAAACACUGGAUUAUCUUGGAAAGUCUUCCUCAGCAAUAACGAGUGUACUGGGAUGUCCCUCUCAGCCCUUUCCCUAUGCUACUUGUAGAAUACAAACUGUUCUGGUCAACUCAAAAACGAGGAAACCCAUGCCAUAUCCUGAUUGGUGGAGAGAAAAAUACGCCCCCUAUAUCCAAGGGGGACAACCCGUGGUCAUGCCUCAUUUAGAAAAGACUGGGGACAUACACAGAUACUCCACAAAGGUGUCUUAUUCAGAUAUCGAUGCCUACUUGCACACAAACUGGCAGAGUUAUGUCAGCUUCUGUAUGGAGGCAUUCUAUGACAAUGUAUUUAAACACCAGGACACACAGAUCGAUGGAGAAAUCAUGGGAAAGUGCUUGAAGUCUUUUGAGGCAGGGUUUAGGAAGGAGUCCUCUAUGGGAGAUGAACUUGAUGUUUAUUCAUGGAAGUCUAAUGGGCUGAAAGAAGAGAUUCAAUUUGAAAUCAAACAUGAGGAGGAUGUGUGUCUGCAUGCCAAAAUGAAUUAUCAUGAAAUAUAACUUAAUAUUUGAACAAUUACUUUAAACAUGAUAAAAUGUAUGAUUCUGGUUAGUGUUAUCAGAUUGUAGCGGAUCAAUUUUUAGCUCACGUGAGCUUUUCUGAUCGCCUGUUGUCCGUCCGUCUGUAAACUUUUUACAUUUUCGACUUCUUUCUCCAGAACCACUGAGCCAAUUUCGACCAAACCUGACCAAAAGCAUCCUUGGGCAAGGGGCUUUAAAUUUGUUCAAAUGAAGGGCCAUGUCCCUUUCAAAGGGGAGAUAAUUACAAAAAUGCAAAAAUUGGGUGGGGUCAUUUAAAAAUCUUCUCAAGAACCACUGGGCCAGAAAAUCUUAAAUUUACUUGAAAGCUUCCUGACAUAGCGCAGAUUCAAAUUUGAUAAAAUCAAGGCCCCCGGGGGUAGGAUGGGGCCACAAUAGGGGAUCAAAGUUUUACAUACAAAUAUACCGGUAUAGGGAAAAUCUUUAAAAAUCUUCUCAAGAACCACUGAGCCAGAAAAGCUGAUAUUUAGAUAAAAACUUCCUGACAUAGUACAGAUUCAAGUUUGUUAAAAUCAUGGCUCCCGGGGGUAGGAUGGGGCCACAAGGGGGGAUCAAAGUUUUGCAUACAAAUAUAUAGGGAAAAUCUUUAAAAAUCUUCUCAAAAACUACUGGGCCCAGAAACUGGAAAUUUACAUGAAGGCUUCCUAACAUAGUGCAGAUUGAAGUUUGUUAAAAUCAUGGCCCCUGAGGAUAGGAUGGGGCCACAAUAGGGGAUCAAAGAUUUACAUACAAAUAUAUAUGGAAAAUCUUUAAAUAUAAAUUCUCAAAAACUACCGGGCCAAGAAAGUUGAAUUUACAUGAAAGCUUCCUGACAUACCGGUGGUGCAGAUUCAAGUUUAUUAAAAUCAUGGCCCCCGUGGAUGAGGCGACAAUAGGGGAUCAAAGUUUUACAUACAAAUAUAUAGGGAAAAUAAGUCCAGAUUCAAUUUUGAAAAAAUCAUGGUCCCUGAGAGUAGGUUGGGGCCAUAAUAGGGAUCAAAGUUUUACAUGCGAAUAUAUAGGAAAAAUCUUUAAAUAUGAGCCAAGGUGACUCAGGUGAGCGAUAUGGCCCAUGGGCCUCUUGUUAUAUUUACAUUAACUUUCAAUUUAUUUCAACUUUUAUGAUCAAAUCAGACUAGUAUUAUAUUUGAAGUUUAGUUACUUACUGUCAGUCAUUUACUUUUGAUAUCUAUUCAAGUUUAGAUUAAGUUGAUACAUUCCACGUGUUUUUCAUAUUAGACAGGAAAUGUCA